AUGCCAGACGACCUGGACAACCUUAAACGGAAACGAGCGGGGACCCGAGCAGCAGUCACCCGCACCACCGCCCAUCUUCGCGGGCUGCUGGCCUCCGCAACCCUCUCAGCAGAAGAUGUUGAAGUGGACCUGGAAUACCUCAUCGCUCGCAGAGCUACACUUCAGGAAUACGACCAGCAAAUCCUGGCAGUAACAAGCGACGACGGGUACGAUGAGGAGUUGAACUCAGUUCUGGAGCGCGAGCAGGAGCUCGAUGCCGCCAUUACCAGAGCCCGGCGAGCGCUUAGGCUCGCCUCGCAAGCGGCUGGUACAGCAGGAACGACCGGCGGUUCCUAUGUAGCCCCAACUUCCCGAAGUGUUUCAUUGCCUAAACUGCAAAUCCCGAAGUUCGGAGGCAAGCUGCAAGAUUGGGCUCGGUUUUGGGAGCACUUCGAGGCUACGAUCCACAGCUGCAGUUCCCUCGCUGCCAUCGAGAAAUUCAAGUAUCUUCUGUCGUAUGUCACGGACGAUGCCAAGCGAGCAAUUGAUGGAAUUGGUCUCACCGGAAACAACUACGAGAGUGCCAUCGCUGUCCUCAAGCGACGAUUUGGUCGCCCGGAUCUUUUAGCCGCGGAGCAUAUUGAUAAAUUGCUAUCACUCCGCCCAGUACACAGUGCCACAGAGGUGGGUUCCCUGCGGAACUUGUACGACGACGUAUCCCGGCACAUGCGAGCCCUGGAAGCCCUGUCGAUCCCUCGAAGCAGCUACGGCGUCAUCCUCUACAGGGUUGUCACGCGGUGUUUACCCGCCGAGCUGUUUGUUCAGUUUCGGCAGAAAGGAAGGGAAGCCGAAGUUGCGAACAGAGACCCCGUAUGCGGAGACCCCCCAACGAGGAUGUCGACGGUGUCCCAAGAAGGAAGGGAGACCGAGGCUGCGAGUAGUGGGGACUCCCCUACUAGAGCAUCAACAAUGAGCCAAGACGUGGACGCCCUUCUUCAGUUCUUGGCCAUCCAGAUUGAAGCCAGGGAGGAGGCCGCGCUCCAUCGACACCGACCCGUUCACAAGGAUCCAGAAAAUGGCGACAGUGUGCCCCUUCCGUCAGCCGCGGCUCUUCCGACUGCCACAGCUCCAGAGGAGCCUGUGCGUGACGCACAAACGAGUAGUCCCCCCGCACCGUGCGUCCUGUGCCGUGAUACCGGGCACUCAGUUGCAGCGUGUCCAGCUCCGACAGCUCCAGAAGACAAACGUCGAAGUCUCCUAGCGGCCCGCCGUUGCUUUCGCUGUGCCAAGCGCUACCAUCACGCUCGCCAAUGUCGGUCGUCCGCAAGCUUGACCUGUGGAAAGUGCAAUGGGCAGCAUCUUACGUCGCUUUGCGACAUUCAGCCCAGCCCACGCAGUAACGUCAGCGCCGUCGGAAUCGCGGAAGCGAUUUCGCAAGAUGUUCAGUCGAUGGCUACGUCUGCACAGGGCAUCGUGACGUACCUGCAGACCGCUGUGGCAGAAGCCUCUGGACCGGCAGGAACACUCUGGGUCAGAGUACUAUUAGACAACGGAAGCCAACGAACCUUUGUAACAGAGGACCUGACACGAAGGUCCCUCAGCCCUGCAGUAGGCGGCACUGUUGCAGCACUCUUGCAAGAUCAUGGCCUAGAACCCGCGCCGACUUCUUGUCCCUCUGACAACGCCGACAACGUCGACAUUCUGGUAGGCGCUGAUUAUUACUGGCGAUUUGUAUCCGGCAAAAUUGUUCGACUAAGCGACGACCUGACUGCGGUCGACACGCUCUUCGGAUGGACAGUCCAAGGGCCUGCCAACAUCGCCUCCCUUGUUGGGGUGUCAUCAGUUGUGUCGCUGCUGUGCUGCGCCGAAACAGGCGCUGCUCUAGAUCCGACCGAAAUGUGGCGGCUUGAUGCACUGGGCAUCACAGCUCCCGCCAGCAAAGACACAGGAGAAGCCGACCGCAUCCUUUUCGAGGAAGACAUCAAAUUCCAGGAAAACCGAUAUGAAGUCCCUCUAACGAUAAAAGAGCCUGGACUCCCUCUAGAAGCCAACAACAAGAUAACAGCAGAAAGGAGAUUAAGCGCGCAGCUACGACGUUUCCGGACGGCGCCCGACGUCCUUCAGCAAUACGAUCAAACUAUGCGGGAAUAUUUCACAGAGGGCCACGCGGAACCUGUCACAGGCCCGGACCCGCCGAGGAACCUGUAUUACCUACCUCACCACGCCGUAAUACGCAAGGAUGCAGUCACCACCAGUAUAAGAAUCGUGUUUGACGCUUCGUCCCAUAUUCCGGGCCAGCCUUCGCUGAAUGACGUCCUGUCGAAGGGUGCAAACAUCAACAGUGACUUACUUCAUCUGCUGUUGACCCUCCGUUCCUACCCCAUUAUCCUCACCGCCGACAUACGAAAGGCUUACUUGCAGAUUCAAAUCAGGCCGGAAGACCGCGACGCACUCCGAUUCCUGUGGCUUACCGAGUUGCCUUCCGCUACAAACUUCCAUCUUGAAUGCCAAGAGUGGCGCAUGACUAGGGUCCCCUUUGGCGCUUCAUCCAGCCCGUUUCUGUUGGCGGCGACCUUACAUCACCACUUCGAGGCGGUUAGCGACAAGUAUCCGGCCACCGCGGCACGACUUCGCAGAAGCUUCUACGUGGACGACCUCGUCAUUGGAUGCGAAAGCGUGAGCGAAGCCGUCAAUCUGUACUCCGAAAUCAGAAAGGUCCUCCGAGACGCCGGAAUGGAGAUUCGGAAGUGGGCCUCAAAUUCGUCCAAUCUCCAGCACAUAUUCCUCAAGGACGGCACAGCUUACGAUGACGUCGGCUGCACGGAUCCGGUGCUUCGCGUCCUCGGUGUGUCAUGGGACAGGCGCUCUGACACAAUAUCCGCGCGAACGGACACGGUGCACCAUUUCGCCACGAUUAGCCAGCCCACCAAGCGUACGGUACUGCAGGCGUUUUCUCGUCUCUAUGACCCUUUCGGCUUACUCUUGCCCUUCACAGUCACUGCACGCCUACUCUUUCAAAUGCUGUGGAAGGAACGCUUGGCCUGGGAUGUCCCAAUGGGACCCACGGAGCAGCACACGUGGUGGAAAUGGGUGCAUGGGCUUUCGCUGCUUUCUCAAGUACAGGUGCCCAGGUGCGCCAUACAGUCACGAGACUGUCUACUGGACCUUCACCUCUUUGCGGACGCCAGCCUACGAGCGUAUGGCGUUGUGGUCUAUGCACGCACAAGCGUAGACAGUGACAUACACUCCCACAUUCUCAUCGCCAAAAGCCGAGUCGCUCCGCUAAAGCCCGUGACGAUUCCGCGGCUGGAGCUCCUUGGCUGUCUACUCGCCGCCCGCAUCUUUAGUCGCAUCCGCAACUCUAUAUCUUUGGCUGUCACGAGGGCCACCUUCUGGACAGACUCACUAAUUGCCCUGCACUGGAUAAGGAGCGAGCCUUCGAAAUGGCCUCAGUUCGUCGCCGCUCGGACGGAGGAAAUCCGGCAGUUAACCAGCCCAGAACGAUGGAGGCACUGCGACGGUGCCCACAACCCCGCCGACCUGCUUACCAGAGGUCUCUCGGCACAGGACCUCAUCGAGAGCAAUGCAUGGUGGAAGGGACCACCCUGGCUGUCGAACCGAAUCGACCACAGCGCCUCGCCAGAGGCAGACCUCGACAGCAGCUUGGAGUCCAAACUGGUUUGUUCGCCCGUUGCCACCAGCGGCCAGGAUGCUUUGAUUCGGCUGGAAGAUUACAGCUCGCUGAGACGUCUCCUACGAAUCACAGCCUACGUACUUCGCUACGUUGCCAACCUACGUCGCCCAGACGCCAAGCGCACCGGUCCGCUCUCAGCACAAGAACUGCUCUCCGCCGAGCGCCUUUGGGUAGAGCGUACUCAAGGGGAGACAUUUGCCACUGAAAUCGCUGAUCUAAAAAACUCGCGCCCGCUUCCCAGGUCUUCCAGCAUUCUUACGCUGAACCCGUAUCUCGACACCAGCUCACUCCUUCGAGUCGGUGGCCGCCUGCAACAAAUGGAAGACACUGAGCGUGUUCGACAUCCCAUCCUCCUUCCCAGCAAGCAUCGCAUGACUGAACUGCUCAUCAUGGACGUGCACAUGCGCCUUCACCAUGCCGGGAUCCAAGACACGUUAUGUGAAUUGCGACAAAGCUACUGGGUGACGAAGGGACGUCAAGCCGUGCGCCGGACACUGCAUACGUGCCUCCAAUGCAGGCGAAGGCGUCUCAGUCCAGAAACUGCACCGGUUGCACCUCUCCCGAGAGAAAGGCUAACCCCCUCGCUCCCGUUCGACACCGUAGGAGUCGAUUUCGCCGGACCUCUUUAUGUCUCCAGGGAGGACGGCACCGAGCACAAGGCCUACAUCACGCUCUUCACCUGCGGAGUAACUAGAGCUGUCCACCUAGAGCUUGUCUCCGGAAUGACCACACAGCACUUCCUCGCCGCCUUUCGUCGCUUCAUCUCCAGACGGGGGGUUCCAUCCCUAGUUAUGGCAGACAACGCGCGCACCUUCCAUCACGCCGCCCGCCUUCUUUCAGUCCUCUCCUCCCCCGAUGUCCAGGACCUCGCCGCCCACCACCACAUUCAGUGGAAGUUCAUCCUUGAAAGGGCACCCUGGUGGGGGGGAUGGUGGGAGAGGAUGGUGCGUUCCGUCAAGGAGGCUCUGAAACGCUGCUUGGGCAGGCGGCGUCUUAACUUUGAGGAGCUCACCACAGCCCUAUGCCAAUUAGAGAGCAUCAUCAACUGUCGUCCGCUAACCCACAUCUCCUCGGACACACUUGACCUCGAACCUCUCACGCCAUCCCACCUUUUGCUCGGGAAAAGGUCCACCACCCUGCCCGGGAUCAGCCCUGUCGCACCGCCAAGGGACACCAGAGGUCUUCAGCGUCACUUGAGGACCCAAGAGCAGACGAAACAGCACUUCUGGGCAAGAUGGCGCAGGGAAUACUUGCUGCAAAUGAGAUCCGGCAUGGCACAGGCCAACCCGGAGGCCCAACUGAGACUUGGAGAUGUCGUCGUCAUUCACGACAAGGGGACACCACCGAUGCUCUGGAAGCUCGGUCGCGUCACCAGACUCGUCCUUGGACGCGACGGCGUGAUACGUGGUUGCGGUCUCACGUUGGCAAACAGGUCGACCAUUUAUCGCCCGGUUCAACUGCUCCAUCGCAUGGAAGCAGACUUGGGAGCACCGCCGGCCCGGGAGGGUGUUGAAUAA